UCCAUUUAACAACGACUAAAAAUUUUGCUGUGGGAAGAAUAAGUCACUUUUGAAAAUGCGUCUGAAGAACAAGAUCUACUCAUUGUUUCUUCAUUCCAUUUGCGUCGACAUUGGACAGCGCUCAUCGAAUGUAUUGACGAUAAGUUCUCGUUUUUCUCGUGUAAUAGUAAGAUUGUUCCUACUUCUGUCGUGCGCCUUUAUUUAUUUUGUUUACUUCAUUCAGGCAGGGACAUUUUCCAAACAGGAUGUCGAAUUACUUCUAAAAGCAAAAUUUAACAGAAAGCAGUGUUGCCUCUCUCCUGGUGAGUUAGAAGACAUUUGCGGUCGAAAAAAUUGUACUUUGCCAGCAUGUACAGAUCCGGAGCCUUCGAUCCCUGAACUUGAAAUCGAUCCAGUGAAUUCUCAUUUCAGUCGUGACGAAAAAGACAGUGCCUUUUUUAUUGAGACGUCCGGCAGCGGUAGCUUGAGUUUUCGUCAGUCUUGUGCGGUGGAGUCACUUGCCUUUCACAACCCGAAUUUGACAGUUUACGUGCUUUUCGUGAACGUGAAAAUCAACAGCAGCGUCAUCACCUUACAGAAACUGAGAGAGAAAUACGGAAACAUUCGACUCAUCAGCAUCAACUUGGAUGACUAUAUGGCUGGAACAGCCCUAGAGUAUUGGUAUCACUGCAUUCAUUGGAAGAAAGGGCCGUAUCACGUCAACAAUUUGAGUAACGGACUUCGUUUACUGACCCUGGCCAAAUACGGCGGAUAUUAUUUCGAUCUCGACUUUGUUUUCGUUCGUUCCCUUAUUAAGUAUUACCGUAAUUUUGUUGCCGCCCAAGAUAACUACGAUGUCAAUAACGGUGUUAUCCAUGCGGAGUUGAAAAGUCCGAUCAUCGAGUUGGCCACGACAAACUUUGUCGACAAUUUCAGCCCAUGGGUAUGGGGACACAACGGACCAGCUUUGAUUUAUCGUGUCUUGAAAAACUGGUGCAACGUUGACAACGUAAAGUCGAUGGACUCUGCUAGCUGCCGGGGAUUCAACAUUCUACCGAGAGAAUCAUUCUUUCCUGUUCAUUACACCGACGUGGAGGAAUUGUUCAUCCAGCGGAUGGAAAACGAAACGGAAGCGAUGCUUGAUUGGCUGACGGAUAAAGUGGUCGGAGUUCAUACUUGGAACAAAAUCAGCAAAAGCCAGCCAAUUUACAAAAGUUCACGACAGGACUACGCUCGACUCGUUCGAGACAACUGCCCUGUUGUAUUUUCCAUCGCACCGGAAAUAUUUUGAUGCGCAGUGUCAAAAAAGUACUUUUUGUCUUUCUAUUCGGUUGUAUAUUGAUAUUUCGAACAAAACACGCUUAAUAAUUUUUAACAUUAUUCGCGCGUUAGUUGCAAAAUUUUCUCGUGGGAUUCAUUUC